CUUACUUUUCACCUCCAUUCCAUGCGAUCACUGUAUGGAUUGAGUAGGCUUUUGUCGGCAGACUUACGGCAGCAGCAAUGUAUUCGACAUUAUAUACAGAAACGUUGGCAAAGUAAAACAACCGAGAAACUCAAAUCUGCAGAUCCAACCAAAGAAAUAGACUUAACCGAUAUCCCUGCCGAAAGAAUCAGAAACUUCAGUAUUAUUGCGCAUAUUGACCAUGGAAAAAGUACACUUGCUGACAGGCUAUUGGAAUUAACGAAAACGAUUCGUGAUCAGGGUUCAAACAAGCAGGUCUUAGACAAAUUGAAAGUAGAGCGUGAGCGAGGCAUUACAGUAAAGGCGCAGACUGUAUCUAUGUUCUAUACUUAUAAAGGCCAAAAGUAUUUAUUGAAUCUGAUUGAUACACCGGGCCAUGUUGACUUUAGUUAUGAAGUAUCUCGAUCAUUGGCUGCAUGUCAAGGAACUUUGUUACUGGUUGAUGCAUCUCAAGGAAUCCAAGCACAAACAGUAGCCAAUUUUUACCUUGCAUUUGGUCAAGGUUUACAUGUCAUUCCAGUCAUCAACAAGAUAGAUCUACCUGGAGCAAACCCAGACAAAGUUGUAAAGCAAAUCCAUAGCGCAUUUGAGCUGGAUACUGCUGACGUCCUUAAGAUUUCUGCGAAAACUCGAAAAAAUAUAGAGGCGGUGUUACCCAGUGUCAUAGACAAUAUUCCAAGUCCGACGGGAUCCAAGGAUAAGCCUAUGAGGGCGUUGCUGUUUGAUUCUUGGUUUGAUACAUACGUUGGCGUCGUAUGUAUGUUGGCAGUUGUAGAUGGCGUUAUUAAAAAGGGCGACAAAAUUAUGUCUGCGCAUGGAGAAGAAAAAUAUGAAGUUUCUGAAGUUGGCAUCAUGCACCCAGAACAAGUUCCAACAGGUUACCUGCACGCUGGUCAAGUGGGGUACAUCAUCUGCGGAAUGAAAACUGCAUCUGAAGCACAUAUCGGUGAUACUUUUCAUCACUUGAAGAGCAAAGUUGAGCCGCUACCAGGCUUCGAAGCAGCAAAGUCAAUGGUGUUUGCUGGAAUUUUCCCUGUUGAUACCACAGAUUUUCAAAAACUGGAUGAAUCCAUCAAAAAGCUUACAUUGAACGAUGCUAGCGUAUCUGUGCAUAAGGAAACAAGUAAUGCGCUGGGACAAGGAUGGAGAUUGGGUUUCUUGGGAACUUUGCACAUGGAUGUCUUUAGGCAACGUCUCGAAGAAGAAUAUGAGGCGAACGUUAUUGUAACUCAACCGACUGUACCAUAUAAAGUUGUGUUUAGAAAUGGCGAAGAAAAAAUCGUUCGCAACCCUGCAGACUUCCCAAGUGUAGAUGAAGUUUCCACCAAGGUUUUGAAUUUGCAGGAGCCUAUGGUUCUAGCUACAAUGAUUUUUCCAGAGGAAUAUAUGGGGCAAAUGAUGGAUCUUUGCGGAACCCGAAGAGGAGAGCAAACAGAGUACAUGUUUAUGGAUGAGACAAGAGUAUUGAUGAAAUAUCGGCUACCAUUAGCUGAAGUAGUUACCGAUUUCUAUGAUGAGCUGAAAAGUCGAACAUCAGGUUACGCAACAUUCGAUUAUGAAGAAAAUGGAUACGAGAUGAGCGAUUUGGUCAAGAUGACUGUCUUGAUCAAUAGCAAGCCAGUGGAUGCCCUAUCUAUCAUUCUACACAGGGGCCAAGUGCAAGUAGUUGGCCGAGAUUGGGUCAAGCGUCUAAAAGGAUUGAUUCAACGGCAACUAUUUGAGAUUGUUAUUCAAACAGCCAUUGGCCAUAAGAUUGUUGCCCGAGAAACAAUCACCGCCAUGCGGAAGAACGUUACCGCGAAAUGUUACGGUGGAGACAUUACUCGGCGUAUGAAACUCUUGGAAAAACAGAAAGCUGGCAAGAAGAGAAUGAAGAUGAUCGGUAAUGUUGAAAUACCACAAAAGGCUUUCUACGAUUUCAUGGACAAGAAAGCGUAAUUUGAAUUCGGCACUUCAUAAUGGCAACAUACUAUAAUGGGAAUUGUCUUCUCUACUUUAGACGAACUGGACCGGCGUCCAUGCAUCUUUACACUGCAUCUGUAUGUUAUUUUAUCAAUAUUGUACGUAGGCAUCAUAUAGAAAAAUAGAUCAUAAUAGAGGUUAUCCUGUAAUGACUUAGUAUACCUGAUCAAAGUUGACAGUGUGUGAACACCAGCGUAAUUGCAAAUUGCCCG